CACUAAACCACUAAACCUCAAACCUACUCCGAACGUUGGGUGUUGCGCAGAUUCCGAACCCAGUCCACGUCCGUGGAAGAAAGCAUCUUUUCAUGCGACUAAACUUCGGUAGAAAAACAAUUUCGAAACUAAACCUGAGAAUCAUUUAUAAAACAAAAUCUCACAGGUUUAACAGGGGAUAUUUUUUGGCGUGCAUUUCAAGACGCGCAAUUAGUUCUGCGAGUUUCGAGUGUUUCCAGAUGUGAAACCUGAAACGAGGCGGAGCCAUGCAUCCGGCAGCGCCGUCGGCCUCUUCAGGGACUGUGAAGCCGGCAGUUCGACCCUCGUCGCUCCGGGUUCCUUCAUCGAGGAGGCCGUCGAGGCCGGCCUCCAGCACGGCGGCUGCGAAGAAGAGGAUGCGCGUGGACGUGGCCACGCCGUCCAUGGAGAGGAACUUCAUCACCGUGGAGCGCGCCAUGGCGGACUUCCUCCUGAGCGCCGAGGACCUGGAGGGGCUCAAGAAGACCUCGCGCCGGUCGCCCUACGCCUCCGCGCCAGAGAUCGAAGUGCUGUCCAGAAAAGACGUGGUGCAAAGGGCGAACCAGAAGUGGGGCUCUCCGGAAAACCUCGGGGUGGAACUACAGAAGCGCAUUCAGCACGCGUCGCGGAGUGCCUCGCGGAUCGGGAUACGGCGGCCACCUCGCCACGAGCGUCGGCGCUUGGGCGAGGAUGGGGACAUGGACAAGCACCCCGGGCUGUGGGGGCCCUCCGGCGUGGUGGUGGUCACCGCCAUCGCCCUAAACGGAGGUUGCUUGGUCCUCAAGUUGGUAGCAUGGAAACACACCAACUCUCACACCAUGUUCUCCGAAUUCUUGCACUCUGUGGCUGACACGGCCAACCAGGUCGUCAUAGCCAUCGGCGUGCACACCUCGACCAAGCGCCCCAGCAUGCAGCACCCCUACGGCUUCAGCAACUCCAAGUUCGUGUCGGCGCUCGUCUCCGGCGUGGGCAUCUUCUGGCUCGGCAUGGGCAUGUCGCUGUCGCACGGCGUGCGCGGGCUGCUGGAACCCGCCGCCUGGGAGGACCUCACCUGGGCCCUGGUCGUGAUGGGCGUGUCCGGCGCCAUGGAGACGACGACGCUGCUGCUGGCCGUGCGCACGCUGCGCCGCGAGGCCUACAAGAGGAGCAUGCCCUUCUUGGCGUUCGGUGGUAUGACCUCCCAGGACCCGAGCGUCAACGUGGUGCUGCUGGAGGACCUGGCCGCCGUCGUGUCCAUCCUGGUGGCGUCCUUGUGCCUGCUGCUGUCGCUGCAGACGCGCUCCAACAUCCCCGACGCCGUGGGGUCGCUGCUCGUCGCCGUGGUGCUGGGCGCCGUCGCCCUCUUCAUGAUCUUCGACAGCGCGGGCAGGCUGGUGGGCAGGUCCAUCCCGGCGGCGGAGCUGCAGCGCAUCAACGCCGAGCUGGAGGGCGACGUGAUGGUGCGCGCCAUCCACGACGUCAAGGGCAUCGACAUGGGCGACAACAUGGUGCGCUACAAGGCCGAGCUGGACUUCGACGGCCGCCAGCUGGUCCGGGCUUACCUGGACCAGGUCAACAUGAACCACGUGCACGAGGCCGUCAGGAACAUCCACAGUGUGGAGGAGCUGGAGGAGUUCAUGCUGGACCACGGAGAGAACAUCGUGGACCUGCUCGGCAGCCAAAUCGACAGAAUCGAACGGAAACUCAAGGCUGCACAUCCGAGCAUCAGGCACUGUGACCUGGAAAUAUUGUGAAACAACCGAGUUCGAUAUGAAUAAAAUUUUGUUUAACGCCUCUGUGAGAAA